GAUUUACCUAAAAUACCCGAACGAUCUUUAACUACAUCAAAUUAUACUGCUAUAACGACCAUGUCUCCUACUCAGAUUUCUUCUAAUGGUGGAUCUACAACUUUAUCAACUUUACAUCAAAGAUGUAGUGAUUUUAUAAUUGAAAUGGAACCUUUUUAUUAUUAUCAUCCUUCAUCAUCUUCCACUAUUAAUAAUAACAAUAUUAAUAAUGUUAAUCAAAAUACUACUGCUACUUCUUUAAUGACAACAAAUUCUUCUUUAAAUACAUCUAAUAAUUUACCUCAUCGUUCUUUAAUAAAUAAUUUAACAAAUCAAGUUAAAUCAUCAUCAUCAUCUUCUUCUUCUUCUUCUUCUUUCAAUAAUAAUAAUCAUCCAAAUACUUCUACAAGAAAUUCUGUUUCAACUCCACGUCAUUCAAUUGCUUCACGUCCUUCUUUUUCUAAUUAUUAUCAUUCUUCCCCAAUUUCUUCACCUUCUUCUACUUCAUCAUUUUCAUUUUCAUCAUCUUUAUCAUCACAUUCAAAUAAUACUUCUAUUACUUCAAUAAGUGAUGGUCAAUCUUUAUCUUUAACUGUAACAAAAAGGAUAAAAGAUUUAGAAGAUCAUAUAAUUUAUCAAUCUGAUAAUUUACGAUCAAUAAUUUGGGAAAGGGAUAAUUUAAAAAGUACAAAUUUAUCAUUGGAAAAUAAUUUAUUAAAUUUAAAAAAAAAAUUAUCUAAUCAAUCAAUUCAAUUAGAUAAUAUUAAUAAAGAAAAAAAUUUAAUGAAAAAUGA